GGCACAUGGAGCCCCCCGACCCCCGCUGAGCCAGCGAUGGACAGCGCCCCGCCCCCCUCCCGCACCCCCGGGCUGCUGCUGGGGCUGGCGCUAGCGCUGAGUGGGGCCCGCUGGGCCGGCGCCGGCGACUGCAAGGGGCAGCGCCAGGUGCUACGGGGCACCGAGGGCUUCGUCAGCGACGGGCCGGGCAACUACUCUGUGAACGGGAACUGCGAGUGGCUGAUCGAAGGUGUGGGGCCUGGGGGGCACCGGCUGCACACGAGCCCCCAGCGGUGCCACAGGGGCUGGCGCCCUCCCGGGCUGCACAAAUGGGGCCUCGAGCAGGACCGGGGGGGACCUCCCUUCUGGGCUCGGGCUGGAGGCCCCACACCCGGAGCUCCGUCCGGCCCGUGCUCCGUCCGGCUGGUGAGACGCUGGGGAGGGGCCGGAGCAGAGCCCCGAGGACCAUUCGAGGGUUCGAAGCCCUGCCCCAGAGCCGCCAGGAGCUCCCGCCGCUCAGCGGGGCCAGGGAGGGUCAGGGGGACGCGCCCCCGGCCCCACUGCCCCCCGAUCUCCCCCGAGCCCCACUGCCCUCCUGAGCUCCACUGCGACGGCUACUGCCUGGGCCACGGGGCCUGUGACCAUGAGUCUGACCGGUGCCGGUGCCAGCCAGGCUUUGUGGGCGAGGCCUGUGACCUGGCGCUGGGCGAGAACCAGGGUGCCGGGCGCUGGUACAACGUGAGCUCCGGGGAUCCCCACUUCCGGCCCCGCACGGCUGCUGCUGGCGCCGUCCUGCCCCCUACCGGGGCGUUCUACAUCUUCGGGGGGCUGGAUCUGAACACGGCGCUGGGCGACCUCGUCAUCUACAACUUCACCUCCAACCUGUGGCAGCACCGGGUGCUGAGCCCCUCCCCGGCGGCCCGUCACUCCCACGUGGCCGUGGCCUGGCAGGGCUGCCUGGUGCUGUGCGGCGGGGAGCUGGCCGACGGCUUCCUGGCCAGCGAUGUCUGGAUGUACCAACCCCACGAUGGGUACUGGCUGGAGUUGGCCCCCCCCAAUGCCACGGGUUCUCUGCCCCCCGGCCUGGCCAGCCACGCCGCAGCUGUGGUCGACACGUGGCUGUACGUCUUUGGAGGCCGCACAGCCGUGGACGUCUUCUCCUCGCAGAUGUUCCGCUUCCAUCUGGAGAGGUGGCAGUGGGAGCGCGUGGUGCCCGCCGGGGGGAAGGCGCCUGCUGCUGCCGGGCACUCCAUGGUCUUCCACCCGCCUUCCCGCGCCCUGCUGGUGUACGGGGGCCACCGGCCCUCCACAGCCCGGUUCAGCAUGCGGGUGAACAGUACGGACCUGUUCCAUGUGGACCUGCGCCAUUGGAGCCCCUUGCGCGGGCGCGACCCCCAGCACGGCCCCCGGGAGCGCGCCUUCCACAGCGCCAGUCUGCUGGGCAACUACAUGGUGGUGUAUGGGGGUAACGUGCACAUUCACUACCAUGAGGAGAAGUGCUACGAGGACGAACUUUUCUUCUACCACCUUGGCUGCCACCAGUGGGUGCCCGGCCAGGCGCUGGCACGAAGCCUGCCCCAUGAGCGGGCCGGGCGGGCGGCCGGGGGGCGCUAUUCCCAUGUGGCGGCCGUGCUGCAGGACAACGUGCUGCUGGUGGCCGGGGGGUUCAGCGGGGCCCCCCGCGGGGACCUCGUGGCCUACAAGGUGCCCACCUUCGUCUUCCAGGUGCCCGCCCAGAACUAUCACCUGGAUUACUGCUCCAUGUACUCAGAGAGCAGCACCUGUGGGAAGGACCCCGAGUGCUCCUGGUGCCUGGAUGCCUGCCAGAGCCCCGCGCCCCACAGCAACUGUCCCAGCACCGGCUGCCUGGGUCUGGCCCGGCUCCUGGUGGACUGCGAGUCCUGCCUGGCGUUUGGGGGGCCGGGCCCCCCUCCCCGCGCGCCGGGGCCCUUCGGAUGGUGUGUGCAGAACGAGACCUGCAUGCCUGUUGCUGCUCGCAGCACUGGUGGGGGUGGGGGCUGCAGCAGACUGACCCCGGUGCCCCCCCAGGUGUCCAUCGUCCGCAGCACGACCAUUACGCUGAGCCCCAGCUCGGAGAUGGACGUCUCCCUGGUCUACAAGGGCUUCAUCUACCCGCUGCUGGCCGGGCCCCCCCCGCCCCACAUCUCCGUCUGGGCCCGUGUGCAGCGCCUCCACGUGGUCGCCAAGCUGGGCCGUGCCCCCAACGCCCCCGAGCUGGAGGAGGUGGGGCGCUGGGCCGUGCAGCAGGAGAAGGAGACGCGCCCCCUGCAGCGCCCGGGCACCCAGCGGCUCUUCGGCAGCCCCGAGCGCGGCAACAAAUACCUGGUGCAGGUCGAGGGGCAUCUCAACAGCUCGGGCACCGGGCAGAGCAGCGAACUCACCCUGGUGUGGGACCGCACUGGGGUGCCCGGCGGCAGUGAGAUCUCGUACUUCUUUCUGGAGCCGUUCCGCGCGGGGCCCUGCCCCUCCUAUCCCUCCUGCCUGGCCUGCCUGGCCGACCAGGGUUGCGGCUGGUGCCCGCUCAGCGCCAGCUGCCACGCCCCUGGAGGGGCCGGGGGGCGGGGGCCAUGCGGGGGGGGCUCCGUGCGCCUCGUCCUCUCGCCCAGCAACUGCUUCCUGUGCGAGGAGUACCGGGACUGCCACGCCUGCAGCGCGGACCCGUUCUGCGAGUGGCAGGUGAACAGUAGCAAGAAGGGGGAUCUGCUGUGCAGCCGCCGGGGCCGGCAGCCCCACGGCAUCCGCGCCCCCGACGCCUGCCCCGCGCUGUGCCGCCAGCGGAGCACGUGCGCCGAGUGUCUGUCCAACUCCAGCCAGUGCGCCUGGUGCCAGUCCACCCACAGCUGCUUCUUCUUCGCCGCCUACCUGGCCAAGUACCCGUACGGGGACUGCCGGGGCUGGUACGACAGUGUCCAUUCGGUGCCCCAGUGCCUGGACUGCGCCCGGUUCAACACGUGCCGGGACUGUCUGCAGCACUUCGAGUGCGGCUGGUGCGGGAACACGGACAACCCCACGCUGGGCAGUCUCCCCCCCAGGAACAUGGGCACCUGCUACCGGGCGUGCGAGGGGCGCUCGCUGCUGGCCAACCUCUCGGGUUCGGGGUCCCUGGGCUCCCGGCGGGCAGGGGGGGUGCCCGGGGACCUGGCCCACUGCCUGUGGGUGCUGUCGGCCUCGCCCGGCCUGGAGCCCUGCCCCCCUGCCCACCCCUGCCCCGCCAUCAGCCUGACCCUGCAGCCCGACCUCAGCACCCCCUGCAUGCACAGUUAUGCCUACGCCUUCGACGGGCUGCCGGCCUUCCUGGACAGCGGGGAGAUCCAGGCCGACCGGACCCUCAUCGGCGCCUUCUGCGGGCAGGGCCGCGCCCAGCCCCUCACCGUGGAGGCCGCGUCAGGUGGGUACUGCCAGCGAGGGGGCUCGGGCCCCCUGGGGUCCUGGGCAUGGCACAGGGUUGGGGGUGUCCCGGGGUCCCAGGCUGGGGGCUCUGGCACGGCUCCAGGUGAAGCCAGGCAGGGCUCUGGGGCAGCGUCUCCCUGCAGGGCUCCCACCAGGGCCAGGAGCCUCCUGGAUCCGACCUCGGAGCAUUCGGCCCCCUGCUCACCCUGGGCCCCCCCACAGCGAGUCCCCCUGGAUGGGGCCCCUGGGGAGCCUCACGUACCCCCAAAGGGCCCUGCCCCCCCGCAGCGACUCCCAGGCAGUGAGUGACCCCGACGUGGGGACCCAGCGUAGAACAGAGCUUG